AAACAAAUUCUCUGCAUUACUAGUUUGAUUACACAACUCAGCUACAUUGUUCAUGGCGGUUCUCAAUUUUGUUCUUCCUCUUCAUUCGUGCAUGAAGUAGUAAGAAAGCCAACGAAAAUGGUAGUAGGGUUUUAGGGCUUUGAAUAAACAAACAUCUUUUAGUAUACAGCGAUAACGAUAACAACUACGUAGGUUUUGUAGUGGUAGUAGUGUUAAGUUUCUAUUUCCAGUGAUUAAGUUUGAAAAAAAAGGGAAAGAAACGAACGGAAAAUGCUGAUGUUAGCGAUGUUUUGUAUAUGAAUAGAUAUAUCUUGAGAUUUGGGUGUUUAAUGUUUGAUUCUAUAUAUGUUUUUUUGUGUGUGAUUGUGGUGCUGAAGUGAUGUACUAACCGAGAGCAUUUGGGUUGAGUUGUUUAAGGUAGUACUGAAGGAAAAAAAGGGGGAAAAAAGAAGAAGAAGAAAUGAGGCUGGUGGAGUCUGAUGUUAAUGCAGUGGGAGUUUAUAGGGAUGAGAGAUUGAGAGGGCAUGGAGUUGAAUUGGAUUAUGAUCGUUGCUUUAUGCGUGAUACUGGGGUAAUGGAACUGUAUUCACGUAGGGAGAGGAGUUUGAGUCCUCUGAGAGAGGAAAGGCCUCGUCGAGUUAGUUGGCAGAGGAGGGAGGUGAUGGAUGGGGAUCAAGAUUUUAGUGAUAGAUGUGAUAUGAGGGAACCUCAGUUGAGGAGGGAGGUGAUGGAUAGAGAUCAACAUUUUAGUGAUAGAGGUGAUAUGAGGGAACCCCAGUUGGGGAGGGAGGUGAUGGAUAGAGAUCAACAUUUUAGUGAUAGAGGUGAUAUGAGGGAACCCCAGUUGAGGAGGGAGGUGAUGGAUAGAGAUCAACAUUUUAGUGAUAGAGGUGCUAUAAGGGAACCCCAGUUGAGGAGGAGUGGGUUAAUGAGGAGAGAUGAAGAAUUAAAUGAUAGAGGUGACAUUAGGGAACCGCAGUUGAGUAGGAGUGGGUUAAUGAUGAGAGAUGAAGAAUUUAGUGACAGAGGUGAUAUAAGGGAACCCCCGUUGAGGAGGAGUGGGUUAGUGGUGAGAGAUGAAGAAUUUAAUGAUAGAGGUGAUAUAAGGGAACCCCAGUUGAGGAGGAGUGGGUUAAUGGUGAGAGAUGAAGAGUUUAGGUAUAGAGGUGAUAUAGUGCAGCCUCAGUUGAAAUCACCGCCUGUUUAUCACCAAGCGCAUGAAAAGCCUCAACAACAUCAUUAUCAGGCUUCUUUGAGUAGGGAUGAGGAAGAGAGUAGAAGAUAUGAGUUAUUUGAUUACGAGGACAGAUAUGAAGCUGCACGCCGCACUGGUGUGGAUUAUGAUUAUGAAUAUGACUGUGCUAGAAGUGUUCAGGGCCAUAAUGUGAAUAUAGAGAGAGGUGGUGUGCAUCAUUUUGAGUUGGACAGACAUAAACAGUUGGGUUUGGAAGAUGGGUUAAGCCGAGGAGCUCAUAGUUUGCCCUUUGAUUCUCAAUCUGCCACAAAGUAUGUGGAGACUGCAAGGGGUCCUUUAUCAGCCCAUGUGCAACCCCAAGAGAUUAGGCUUAGGGAUGAGAUUGCUCGUUACCCUGAUCCUUUCCUUCUAGAUAAAUUGUCGGCAAUUGAAAUGCUUGAAAGAGAGGAAAGAACUAGAUUUCAUCCCAAAGAUGUUUCACGCUACACGGAGCCAGCGUUGCAGUCUAAGGAUCUUGCUCUCCCCUCUCAGUAUAAGGAAUGUUUGGCCACAUCCUCUGGAACCUCUAGGAUGAAUUAUGCCCCUAUGAUUCAAGAUGAUAUGCAUUUGCUUGGGGAUAUUCAUUCAAGAUUUUCCACAAAGCUUAGACAGCCGUUAUAUCUCAAUGAAUAUGAGGAAAAUCACAGUUAUAAUACCCUGGAAGAUUAUGCAGCUGGCCAUAAGGGACUGACAAGCUACCAGUCUGAUAAAGUUAGUUCUCCUAGGGGUGACAAUAUGGAUCAUGUAUAUCCUAAAGGGAGACCAAGAGAUACUAGUGAUUAUGGUCAUUCAUAUGUAAGGACUACUUUGCCUGAACAGGCAGUACUUGACAAUAGGCAUGCUCGGGCACAAAUUCUUUUGGAACCCCUUAGAGAGAAUAUUAGUGACAAUGAGUUCCCUCGAAGAGAUGUCAUCAACAGUACAUCAUGGGAUCACCAUUAUUUGAACAAACAACCAGUUUCAAUGAGCUUUUUUGAUGGCAGAUCAUUAGCGAGAUCAACCCAAGAUCAGUUUUAUUUGGAUUCUAAUGAUACUAAUGUUGAUACACAAAAUGUAAGAGAAUCAGACAUAGAAAAUUUGGAUGUUCCCUGUCAUGAAGAGAUUCAUAUAAGGCGACUGGAUUACAAUAGCAGCAAGGACGAACAUUCUAAUUUCUAUGCUGAGAAGGGGAGGAGAUCUCCCUGCCUUGAACAUGAAAUGGAAAUGCUUGGAGAUAGGGUUCGUCCAAAGAAGAUUGAAUCGGGUGUAAUUGAAUGCAAUGGUCAUCCAAUAAGGUCAGAGAAGAGGAAGUACAUUUUAGAUGAAGAAAUGAUGGGGCACAGUUCUGGACGGAUUGUGUUCAGUGAUAGGAAGAAUAACAUUAACAGAACUCAAGAUAUAGAUUACAGGAACGAGGUGUGGGAUGAUCAAGAUGCUAGCUGCUUACUGUCUCCGGAGAACUUUGAGGAUGAUGAAUGGCUUGGAAAGCCAGAAAGGUUAUACAGCAGAGACCUUAACGGUAGAGUUGCUGCCACUAAUGGCUUAUUGUCAUAUCGUGGUUCAAUAAAUCAGGGAAAAGGAUACCUUAUUAGACCAUAUAAUCCUGGUAAAAAGCAAAAGGUGUAUGAGAAUCCCAGUUCACUUAGACAGUAUGUUUCAAUUCAAUGUAACAAGAAACAUCAUCUUACAAAAAAUGUUUGGAUAAGAGACAAAGAUGAUAAACAAACAGAAGCGUCUGACCAUGUGGUGAAAGAAUUAAAGGAUCAGGUAGCUUGUGCAAAACCUGAGUUGCCUGAAGACUCAAUUGAAUUUACGCAAUUGGUACAUAAUUUCUCCCUAUCUUAUACCAAAAAGUUGAAUGAGAGUGUUGCAACUCAGAAAAGAUACAAGGAGCAAGGCAGGGCUGGUGGCUUAUUCUGCAUUGUUUGUGCCAAUAGUCAAUUGAAAGAGUUCAAAGAUACUCGAUCCUUGGCAGUACAUUGCUCUAUGUCGCAAAAGGUGUGGUUGAAAGCAAAACACUUGGGUCUUCACAAGGCAAUAUGUGUCCUAAUGGGGUGGAACAAUGAUGCACCCCCUGAUGGCAAACUAUGGUUACCGGUGGCUGUUCCUGCCCCUAAUGCUUUAGCCCAGAAAGAAGAUCUUAUUCUCUGGCCACCAGUGGUUGUUAUACAUAACUGCUCUGGAUUGGUAACUGACCUAGAUGGGCAAAAAGUUACGACUACUGAAGCUGUUGAGAACUUUCUAAGAGGUAAAGGUUUUAGUGGUGGUAGAAUGAAGGUUUGUAUGGGGAAGCCUGGUAAUGGCAGUGUAUUACUGGUGAAGUUCUUGGGCACUAUUCCUGGCAUUCAGGAUGCAGAAAAGCUUCAUAACUACUUCAUGGAAGAAGAGCGUGGAAGGAAAGACUUUAGAGUAAUAACUUCAACCAAGGGAAAAGGCAUCGACAACAGAAAUGUGAAGGGGGUUAAAGCUGAGGAAAUUUCGCUCUAUGGAUACAUGGGAAUAGCUGAAGACUUGGAUAAAGUUGAUAUUGACACCAAGAGGAGAAGUUUAAUCAAGAGCAAAAAGGAGAUUCAUGAUUUUGUAGAUGCUCCUGUCAAAUCUGAGGUGAAGAUUAAGGAUUAAAGUUUUCAUCGCAACUGGAGAGAACCCACGUCAUCUUUUCAGAACACAGAAAUUGAAUCACAGAAAGGGAAAAGAAAAGGAAAGCAAUGUAGAUAGUAAGAUGAAAGAAAGUUACAAAGAAAACUGAAGGAUUGUGAAUUGAGUAGAACUCAGUUCAUAUCAACAGCUUUGUAUCAAACUUUAAAAACCUAUAAGCUAGCUUAUGGUACCUCUCUUUUUUGCUACAUUAGUGCUGUAGAUUGCCUUUUGUAAAACUUUGGUGCAAAUCAAGCACAUAACAUUUAUGGGGUAAAGGCAAAGCUUAUUAUUGCUUAUG